AUGCGUUUCUUUACGACAAUCGCUGCGGCACUUGCUGUUGCCCAAGGUGUCUAUGCUGUGGAUGUUCAGAAGUCUGUUAUCGUCAGUUUUCCUAGCGAGACUACAGACGACAUCGUCAACCGCGCCAAGGAUGAUAUUCGGAAGGCCGGAGGCGUCAUCACACACGAAUACCAACUCAUCAAGGGCUUCGCAGCUAAGGCACCACAAAAGAUCAUCGAGACAGUAUCGGCUUGGAGCGCCGAGUUCCAUGCGACCGUCGAAGAGGAUCAAGUCGUCGAGAUCUCGUCAAGUGGGAACUAG